AUGACCGAGCAUAUAUCGACCACCGCGGAGCCGAUCCCGGCGGAUGACAGUUCUCAGCCGACAGACGAGUGGAAAGGAUUGACAGACCCGGCUGAACGGCGCCGGCGACAGAACCGUAUUAAUCAGCGGGCAUACCGUAAGUGGUUUAUAGUCAAAAUCAAUCAUAGCGUAUCCUCAUCAUUUCGAUCUGCAGGGAAACGAAAACGAAGCAAAUUUAAUACCAACACUCAUCCGAAAAGUGUGGUGGAAUUGCCCGCUUCGACGUCACUCAUUUCUUCCAAGCAGUCGUAUACACCUCUAGAUGACAUCCGAGGCAACCACUGUUUGACCGCGGGCGUCAGAAUUGCCAUGCUGCAGCAAUUCGCAAACUCGGCAUAUCAUAGCUACAUAUCGGGCUGUCCCACGGCUGACCAUCUUCUGACAUUGACCAAGGUCAAUGUCUUCCGGGCUUUGGUGCGGAACAUGGAGUUAAUCGGCUGGUCGGUUGAGUGGAUGGACGACGAUGCCAUCUCCCCAUUCAACACAUUUUUACCACGCCGCCAACCAAUAUCGAACGAGAACACGGACAUCCCGCAAGGCCUCCAGCCUACCCGAAUACAGACUCGAGUGACGCAUCACCCCUGGUUAGACUUCUUCCCCUUAGCCAAAAUGCGUGAUAAUUUGAUCGAAGCGGGCGAUCAUUGGGAUGACGACCAGAUGUGCCGCGACAUCAUGGGGUUCUGGGAUUCCUCGGCAGAGGAUGCCGGGCUGCUGGUAUGGGGAGAGCCGUGGGAUGUGCGAAAUUGGGAGGUGACCGAAGCAUUCCUCAAGAAAUGGGGGUUUGUCGUUCGAGGUUGUCCAGAGUUGAUGAACGCGACAAAUAAUUGGCGGGCGCGGCGGGGGGAGAAGUUGAUCUUUCGGUAUAUAUGA